AUGGCGGGUGACGCCGAAGCUGCUGGACUGCGGCAAAGCCAGCUGCCAGACUCCCCACCAGACUCUGGGUCGGAACCAUGUUCUCCACCACAGCUCCAAGCAACUGUUAAGGACUGCGUUGCUGAAAUGCAAGAAUACGACAGUGAUGGACAGAAUGCAGCUUUGGAAAGUUGCUGUCAAGCUCUAACAUGGCAACCGUACCAAACUUCUCAGUGGAACAGUUUAUUUAACUCUAAUUAUGAAAAACUACCCACUGUAGGAUAUCACAUUGUCACAGAUAAAGGAUUUAAUUUUUCAGCAACAGAUGAUGCCUUUGUGUGCCAGAAAAAGAAUCAUUUCCAAAUCACAGUCCAUAUUAGAAUCACUGGUCAUCCAAAAUAUGUCAAAACGCAGCUGGGGGGGAAACCAAUAGAAAAGUUUUACUUGAAAGCUUUUGGAAUAAAGGGGGAAGCUCCUAAUCAAACAGUGGCUAUUGAACAGUCUCAGUCAGAUCGAAGCAAAAAAACUUUCCAUCCUGUUAAAGUUGAUCUGCCAGGGGACCAAGUAACGAAAGUAACACUGGGAAGGUUGCAUUUCAGUGAAACAACAGCAAAUAAUAUGAGAAAAAAGGGGAAACCUAAUCCUGACCAGAGAUACUUCAUGCUGGUAGUUGGACUGUAUGCUGUCUCUCAGGACCAGUUCUACCUACUGUCUGCAAAUGUCUCUGAAAAGAUCAUUGUGAGGGCGUCUAACCCAGGGCAGUUUGAGAAUGACAGUGAUGUACUGUGGCAGCGAGGACAUGUUCCAGAGACGAUAGUCUAUCAUGGUCGAGUAGGAAUUAACACAGAUGCACCAGAUGAAGCACUGGUUGUCUGCGGAAAUGCAAAAGUUAUGGGCAGAGUCAUGCAUCCAUCUGACAGCCGAGCAAAACAGAAUAUCCGGGAGGUCGACACAAAUGAGCAGUUGAGGAGAAUAACACAAAUGAGGCUGGUGGAGUAUGACUACAAGCCUGAAUUUGCAUCUGUUAUGGGAAUAAAAGAUACCCAUGAAACAGGAAUAAUAGCCCAGGAAGUGAAGGAGCUUUUGCCUCAAGCUGUUAGAGAAGUUGGAGAUGUUGCUUGUAAUGAUGGAGAAAAAAUAGAAAACUUCCUCAUGGUUGACAAGGAUCAGAUCUUUAUGGAGAACGUUGGUGCUGUAAAGCAGCUCUGUAAACUAACCAACAAUCUUGAAGUCAGAAUAGAAGAAUUGGAACAGUGGAACAGGAAACUGGCCAGGCUGAAGCGGAUGAGCAGUUUAAAGUCAACUGUCAGUGAAGAGAGCAAAGUCAGCAGGUAUAGUCGAGCUACUAGUCUUUUGCCAUCAAAAAAAUCAGUCCCACUAAAAUCCGGCAAGGUUUGUUUGUCAAAGAAGAGAGAGUCUUGCCCUGUGAAGAUUUUCCGGGUGACUAUAAUAGCUUUGAUUGCUAUUAUGGCACUAUGUCCAAAAACCUGUGGUUUACAAUCUCUUCGUGAACUGAUUAAUUUUAACUGGUGUUCUGAUUCUAUUUACAAUUGGAACCUGACCAUAUUUUAUGUUGACUUUAGCUCAUUGCAGGGGGAAAGCACAAUUUCUCAGACCAUCAGCAGGAUCCCUGAAGUGAAUUUCUGUGACAUUUUGCCUUGUGACAAGGUCUAUUGUUGUCCAAUCCAUCAACAAAAAAUCAAAUCUCUAAGUUACGACAAAACCUAUGCAAAGGAGAAACGGAUUGAUACAACAAUCAGUUCCAUACAGAUUUUGGAAACUCAGCAAAGCAUUGACAAUCGCUAUUGCAGUAAAAAUCUACAGUGCAGGUCUGGAAAUUACAGCUAUCUUAUUCCUGUUAACAAAUAUACACCCAUGAAUGUAGAAAUCUCACUGGAAAUAAACACCACAGAACCAUUAAUUGUAUUUCUCUGCAAAGUCACAAUUGGAAAUUAUUGCUUCAGUUAUUCUUUGAGGAAAAACAGCAGGGAGAAUUUCCUAGAAACCACGCAGGGACGUCAGCAUAUUUGGACUCUCCCUGUAGCUAAACUGUAUGACAGCGCAUACUAUUUCCGUGUAGCUGCACCGGGUUUUGCAGACUGCUCGACAGAUCCUUAUUUUGCUGGAAUGUUUUUUACUGAUUACUACUUCUAUUUUUAUCGGCAGUGUAACUAA